AUGCCUUUCUUCGACAAGGCCUCAGACUUCACUAUCACCGACAGUACAAUGAACGAUGUUGCCGGGGAUUAUCGCAUGAAUAAAACUACGAACAACACCACUGCCACUAAUUCCAACAAUACUACCACCGAAACUGUGACCGAUUCUUACAACGACUCCUCAAAAACUGUUCCUAAUGGUGUUGGCAGGCGGGACAGAGGUCAGUGCUUCUAG